AUGGCGACUAUAUUCCCUAACAUCUUGUAUCACUCUCGCCCUACCACAACUUCUGAAUUGCUUAUAUUCCAUGCCCCAAAAGAUGUACCCCUUUUUGCGAAUUUACCGUGGCGCCAUCGCACCUGCUGCUUGGCUUGUCCCCCUUCCUUUCGAGUGGCUGAUCCUAUUCGGGCCUGCUAUCCGGAUCUGCUUCAUGGGCCGGUAGAUUCACCGAUUUCACUCGGUUCCAGCCCCAGUUUACUUUUUAUUCCAAGCGCUAUUUUUCAAGUUAUGUAA